AUGCAGCUCAAGCAAUUAGGACCCAGUGAAACCCUACAAAGUCGAGACGAUCAAUUCAACAAAAAGCAACAUGUCAACGUAUACACUGCCGCUGUUGUCUUCUUUAUCACUCUGAGCUCUGCUGCUUAUGGCUAUGCAGGCUCUGUCAUUGCAACUACACUCACACAGCCAUCCUUCAUAACACAUAUGAAGCUGGACACAGCUCCGAAUGCCGAGUCCAUUGAAGGUGCAAUGAAUGCGCUGUUCUACACCGGAGGCGUGCUUGGGAGUUUCUUUGCAGGGUGGAGCAGCAAAAAAUUUGGUCGCAAGUUCUCAACAGGUUUUGGAAAUGCUCUGCUAGUCAUUUCUGGGGCGUGUAUGACAGCUUCGAUCAACCCGGCCAUGUUUAUUGCCUUCCGCUUCGUGAGCGGUUUCGGCUCCAUGGUCAUUCUCGCCAGCGUCCCUAUCUGGGUCGCUGAGCUAGUCCCACCCCGCCUCCGAGGAUUCCUGACUGAUGUGCAUGCCGUUAUGAUGAUGGUUGGCUAUACACUUGCUUGCUACGUUGGUCUCGGAUUUUACUUUGUCAAAGGCAGCAAUCAGUGGCGCGGGCCUAUCGCACUUCAGAUGGCACUACCUGUUAUCAUCUUGUCUGGUUUAUACUGGAUGCCCGAAUCGCCGCGAUACUUGUUGUCCACAGAUCGCGUCGAAGAAGCCCGUCACAUCAUCUUCCGUAUGCAUUCUAGCCCAGAUGAUCCGGAGCAUGAGUUUGCUCGCCGAGAAUUCUUCCAGAUGAAGAAACAGAUCCGACUUGACGCUGAGUUCGCUACAUCAUAUUGGAGUAUUCUCAAAAAAAGCUCUAUGCGGAAGCGCUUGGCAAUGACCGUCUUUCUCGAGUUUGCUCUGAUGAGCUCAGGUGUUUUGGUUAUCCUCAAUUAUGGCUCCAUUAUCUGGAAAUCUCUCGGGUUUGACACGGUGCAGAUCCUUAACUUCCAGUGCGGCUUUCAGCUGGCUGGGUUUGUCUUCAACGUCAUCGCCAUGACUUUCGUCGACCGCGUGCGCCGCCCUUGGCUUAUUGCCGGUGGCCUUUUGGGCUGCGGCUCACUGGUCGGAAUCUUAACUGCUCUGCAGAGUUUCUACCUUGGUACCGAGAAUCGCGCAGGGUUAGGUGCCUGUGUCGCUAUCAUUUUUCUCUUCCAAGCCACCUUCUCACUCACCUUGGAUGGGCCAACAUAUUUCUAUAUUGCUGAGAUCUGGCCUUCGCAUGUCAGGUCCAAAGGAUUUGCAAUUGCUAUGGCUGUCCUUUCAGCUACCAACCUAAUGUGGCUACAGGCUACCCCUUAUGCCAUAAGUACCAUCUCAUGGCGCUGGUAUCUUGUAUUCACAUGCAUUCCCGGUGCUGCGGCGGUGGUAGUCAUUAUUUGGUUCAAGGAUACUCGGAAUAAGCCUCUUGAGGAGAUUGCGGGGAUGUUUGGUGACGAGGAUAUGGUUGCUGUGUAUCAGCGGGAGUUGAAUAUUGGUGAGCUGGAUGAUGCGGAUGAGGUUGGAAAUGACAACAAAAACUCAAACGGUCCGUCGGUUGAGAUGGUGGAAUAG